AUGACACUGGGUGCUGCUGAUGGAGAAAUACUGGGACUGGAGCUUGAUCGAGUUGAGUUUGUUGUAUUAAAAAUUGUGGGCACAGUUGGAGCAUUUGCUGUGAAAGAUCAAGUUGAGAUUGUUGUGUUAAGAAUUGUGGGCACAGUGGUUUUGGUGGAGCCCUCUCUGGUUGGAGCAUUAGCUGACGAAGAUAUACUUCGAGCAAUAAUGACACUGGGCACUACUGAUGGAGAAAUACUGGGACUUGAGCUUGGUGAAGAGCUGGGUUUGGAACUAGUAGGAGAUGAGCUUGGACAUGUUGAGGGUCUGGAACUCGGACUGGCACUUGGAGAAGAACUUGGUCUCAAACUGGGAGACCCAGAUGGUCUGGUACUUGGAGAAGUGCUUGGUUGGGAACUGGGUAUCACAGAUGGACUGAAACUAGGAGAAGUACUUGGCUUGGAAACUGGGAGAUGA